AUGAGGCUGGUGACGGUUUUAGUGGCUAGUUUGGCAGUAGUUAGGGCGUUGGAUUAUGAUCAAGGUAAUUUAGUUAAUAUAGGAUUGAUUUGGUUUUAGAGUUUGUACAAGUCAGCCAUAUGGCGUAGGCCAAUUUCUGUAAUAACACAAUAAUCAAAAGCAUCAACUGACUUGUAAUGCUCCCAACUCCCAAAUCAAAAUUUCAGUUUAAAGUUUUUUAGAAACCGGUAAAGUGACGCUGUCAAUUGGUAACGAAGCUAAAGUAGACUUAAAGUUACAGUUGAAUCUAUUUGCUGAAAAGCUCUUAGUUUUUGGGCCUGAAUGUAAAGACGCAGGCAGUUGUACAAAGGAAGGGCACCCAGUAUACGAUGCAGCGUAAGUUGGUCUUUAGUUAGGUAGGGUAAAGUAAAUUGAAGUGAAAUAAAGUUUUAUACUGUUCUUUCUACCAGAUAAUUUCAGAAAAGACAAAGUGACGUUAGAGGAUGGCGUUAUUAAAGUUGGAAAGUUCGACACAAAACUUGCAAAAGACGUUGAAGUUAACGUAAGCUAAAAAAAAUAAUUUUAAUUGUCUUGUUAGCAUACUGUGGUAAAAACAUAUUUUUAUACGAUAUACGAUACAACUUUUAGUUAUGUCGAGUGUGAUUUUAAAUAGCUAACUAUAAAAAUAUUUUAGACAGGAGAUAAAACGAUCAAACAAGACAUUAAUGUUAUAGUAGGGGCCGAAGAUGAGGCAAAACAAAAAUCAUUUUCUUUUGAAGGGAUCUUUGGAUUAAGAUCUGGCAAGGACAGAGCCUUCGAUAAACUUGUCUCGGCUUUAGACAAAAAACACUUGCUCAUUGUGCCAAAAUUGGAAAAUGUAAGUUGUUGUAUCAGACCACUUCAGCUUAUAUUGUUAUCGUUUUAACAGUAGACACUAAGAAUGAAACUUUAAUUUAAAGAGUCAUACCGAAUUUAAAAAAUCAUUUUAAAGGUUUUUACUUUAGGACAAAAAAAGCAAGCCUGAACUUUUGUUGGGUUCUGAAUCGCAAGCUUGUGGAGAGUUCAAACUAGUUGAAACGACUUUUCAGUACUGGGCUGACGACAAUCUGUAUGUCUGAUGAUUUGCUUUUGCACUAUCUUUGCCCUGUCUUUGCACUGUCUUUGCCCUGUCUUUGCCCUGCUUUUGCCUUGCUUUUUCCCUGCCUUGCAUUGCUUUUGCCCUGAAUUUGCCUUGCCUUUUCGUGUUCAACCCUAUUCUUAAAUUUCAAAAUUCUUCUAACUUAACUGUGUUUUAGCCUCGUAACUAAAAACUUGGCCACCGAUUUCCUAAUUGCGCCGUCCUUCAGCAAAUCGUACGGGGUUAGUAGCAUCGGAAUUGCGCUCUUUGAUAAAGAAGUGCUAAGCGAAGAUGAAUACAAUAACUUGGAGGAAUUCAAUUUGUCAUACGGAGGUGUUGAAAUAAAAUUCAAUCCUCAAGAUGCAUUCGAACAACAGAAAGACAAAACCUAUAAACUUCAAGUAACUCAUAUAGUUCAAGACGAAAUUGAUUUGGCUUUGCCAAACUCGUACUUUGAGAAGUACUGUAUAAAGUUUGCAAAAGAUGGUGACAAAUACAUGGUUGGAUUGGCUGAACGAAAUGAUGAAAAUCAAGGCCAAAACGGAGCUGGCCUGGUUGCUACGAGUUUAGCUGCUUUGAUGGGAAUGUUUUCUUUGUUAUGGUUGUAA